CAUGUCUCCAGACUCUUCAGCAAUCCUCCGAGACCGCACGGCCUCAGGCGCGUUUCUCUGCUCAUUCACGCCACAGAGCGCGCUGACAAGCAGAAUCUUUUGCUGAUGUAAAACUUCUAAGUCAAAAGGAGGAAAAAAAAACCUUUUUUUUUCUUCUCAUUUUAAGGAAAGAGGUUUGUCGGUCCGCCCGUGCGCACUGCAGACUCUCACAGCAGUGUUUGCGCGCUGCGCUUGGAUUUAGACGGAUUUUCUCCUCUUUUACGCGCAAAGCUGAUCACCACUUCUUUUCGCAUGAAUCUCCUCGACCCCUACCUGAAGAUGACAGAAGAACAGGAGAAGUGUCACUCCGACGCUCCCAGCCCCAGCAUGUCUGAGGAUUCCGCGGGCUCGCCGUGCCCCUCCGGGUCCGGUUCGGACACUGAGAACACCCGGCCGGUCGACAACCACCUCCUCAGGGGCCCCGACUACAAAAAGGAGAGCGAAGAGGACAAGUUUCCCGUGUGCAUCAGAGAUGCUGUGUCCCAGGUGCUGAAGGGCUACGACUGGACCCUGGUGCCAAUGCCGGUGCGCGUAAAUGGCACAAGUAAAAAUAAACCGCACGUCAAACGGCCGAUGAACGCGUUCAUGGUGUGGGCUCAGGCUGCACGCAGGAAGCUGGCGGAUCAGUACCCGCAUCUGCACAACGCGGAACUCAGCAAAACCCUUGGCAAACUCUGGAGACUUCUCAAUGAAGUGGAGAAGCGUCCGUUUGUGGAAGAGGCUGAGCGCCUGAGGGUGCAGCAUAAGAAGGACCACCCUGACUACAAAUACCAGCCCAGGCGGAGAAAAUCUGUCAAAAACGGACAAAGUGAACCUGAGGACAGCGAACAAACCCACAUCUCUCCAAAUGCCAUAUUCAAAGCGCUGCAGCAGGUGGAUUCUCCAGCUUCCAGUAUGGGCGAGGUGCACUCCCCGGGAGAGCAUUCAGGUCAGUCUCAAGGUCCGCCGACACCCCCGACCACCCCAAAAACUGACCUCCCCAGCAGCAAAGUUGACCUGAAGCGUGAGGGGCGCCCCAUGCAGGAGGGCACCAGCCGCCAACUCAACAUUGACUUUGGGGCUGUGGACAUCGGUGAACUGAGCAGCGAUGUCAUCUCUAACAUUGGAAGCUUUGACGUCGAUGAGUUCGAUCAGUAUCUUCCACCUCACAGUCACCCCGGAGUGACGGGAGCUGCUCAAGCUGGCUACCCAGGCAACUACGGCAUCGGCGGCUCCUCGGUUAACCAGGCAGCUGGUGUCGGGGCUCAUGCUUGGGUGUCCAAGCAGCAGCAGCAGCAGCAGCAGCACACUCUGACUACUCUGGGUGGAGGAGAGCAAGGCCAGCAGGGUCAACAGAGAACCACCCAGAUCAAGACGGAGCAGCUGAGCCCCAGUCAUUACAGUGAGCAGCAGGGCUCCCCGCAGCAUGUCACCUAUGGCUCCUUCAACUUGCAGCACUACAGCACCUCCUCUUACCCCUCCAUUACACGAGCACAGUAUGACUAUUCGGAUCACCAAGGUGGCGCCAAUGCCUACUAUAGCCAUGCAGCUGGCCAAAACUCCAGCCUGUACUCCACCUUUAGCUACAUGAGUCCCACCCAGAGGCCAAUGUACACCCCAAUUGCCGACACCACUGGGGUUCCCUCUGUUCCCCAUAGUCCACAGCACUGGGAGCAGCAGCCUAUCUACACACAGCUCUCUAGGCCCUGAGGAGGGGGCUAUGACAGUGGAACACACACAACAUGCAUAGACUCAUUCUGCCUGAUGGCUUAUGGGCUGCAAAGCCACACGUUUCAUUGCCAACAGAAAAACACGAGAACUUUUUAUAGUACUGAAACUAUAUCUUUGGAUUGGCUCACGACAGUGCCUUUUGUAUUGGUUGGAAUUGUGAUUAUAUUUUUUUAGAUAUAAUGUUUUAAAAAAAGUAAAAUCCUCUGUGAGGACAUAAUGGUUAUAAAUAUUUUAGUAUGUACUGUGUAUGUGUCUUGUCAUCGUCAGUGUCAUGAACAUCACUAAUAGCUGAAGGUUUAACACUUAAAGGACAGGAAUGCUGGGUUAGAAAAAAAAAACACCAUCGGCAGCCUUACUUCUCACUAAUGUAUUUUUGUACAGGGGGUAAGAAGUGCCUGUUUACUGACACUGUCGUCCUCUAAUAGCCUACAGUCUGCUUUGAUUAUUUUGUACUGUACAUAUUUUAUCGUCAUGCAAGAAAUGAGCAGUGCAGGUUUGCAAUAGAUUUGAAUGUUUGGCCGUGGAUAUCACAGUGUCAUCAGCAAAUUGUUGAAUAUUCUACUCUUGUUCUUUGCUUUAGCUCAAAUGAUUGUGUUGAAAAUGCUACAGCGGGUGUCGUGUCAUUCUACUAGAGGCCUUACUGAGUUGCUAGAUGUAACUGAGCGAUGCUUGGCGUUAUCUGGUACUGCCUUCAUACCAUUGGUGCUCUGGAGCCGCAGCAGAGAGGCUCCAUCCAUUCAUGUCAAAAGCACAGUUCUAAUUUCUGGCUUGAGGGGGUACAGGAGCCCGACUUGUCCUGAAUCUCCCCAGCAGCCAGCGGGUCUCGGCUGAGUCUGGCACACUUCUAUCAUUCCUACGUCCUUCUCCUAACCUUUUCCUAAUUUAUUCUUUAGCGUUAAUUUUAUUUGAAAAUAACUAUUUGCAAUUGUCUGUUUUUAAUUCAGCAACUAACUGAGACUAUUCCAUUGGGAUAGUUUGCUGUCAUAUGUGGUACAAAUUUAUUAUCAUUUGUAAAUUGUUCCCGUAUAAAAGUUUCUUUUAUUGCAGUCAGUCUAGGUAUGUACAGAUUACUUUUAAUUAUGAUAACGUGAGUCUUUCUUGAAAGAAGAAAAACUGGAUUUUUUUUUUUUGGAUCAUUUCUAAUAAGUGGAUAUGGAAGCUACGGCUGUAUUGUAAAGAAUUUGCUGGAAUCAACCUUUUUUUUUAAAGUUGCAUUUUAUAUUCUGUAUCAUUAGUUCUCAUUUUGUCAUCUCUUUAAUGCAGUUUCCCUAGGUAAACAUGGCAUUGUCUUCAAAAGCUUAUCUUUUGUAUUAUAUUGUUUGCAAUAAAAACAGAACACUGAAUA